ACAAUGCCUAAUGAUGAGUAUUUGUUCUGAAUCUUAUUGAGUCAAUUGCUCAUUUCUAAUUAAACAUUUUGACCAUUUAUUUUGGUCAUGGAAUGGAAAGAGCUUAUCUUUCCAUUGUCUUUGUCUGUCUUUGUCUAUAUCUGACUGCCUUCCUGUCACUCACACUAAACAUCAGCCAAAAGACUAACCAAUGCCAUAUUCUUAUCCCAUGGCUUUUAAAUAUUAUGUAGAGCAAUCUAAAAUAUUUUUUCCCUGAUCUUGCUGUCGGAACAGAUUUGGUUUAGGUAGAGAAUGUCAAGCAAAGUCACAGAGAAAAUGUUUUAUGCUGUUUCAUCAUAGGAAUACAGGAAGUUUGAUGACCUCUUGUGUUUUUGUCCUGCAAUUUUUGCAUCUGUUCAUAAACAAACAAUGGCCUCUGACAGUUUAGCUUUUAAUCUAUCUUGAAUACAAGCCUAUUUUCAAGCACAUGUUUGCAGGCUUCUUAACAAUGUUUGCAGGCAGGAAAUCAUGCAUUAUUCCCUAAGGUUACUUUGGAAGACUUACCAAAAAUUCUGAAUUGGAUUUCAUUCCAUACUUUAACCUGAACACUCUGAUGAAAAUUUGCUUUGCUAUAAACUUUUCCUUUGUAGCUGUGUUGGUCAGAUGGUAGUCCUGCUGGAAGUGGAAAGUUCACCUCUGUCUCAUGUCUAUGUAGUCCAUAGAAGAUUUUCACUCAGAAUCAGCCUACAUUUAGCUUCAUCUAACUUCCAAGGCCUUGAUAAAUAAUCCUCACUGCAUCAUACCACCACCACCACCAUGUCUUGCAAAGGAUAACUUUCAAUGUUUCUUUUCUAUAACACAAAGCAUUUUGAACACAAAUAUUUCAAUUCUGUUAUAGAGAAAAAAAUUUCCAACUAGAGCAGGACUUCUUAUUGUUUUGUUUUUUUCACUAUUCCAUACAUGGCAUUUUUUCGUAGCGCAGCACCUGAGCUUUAGACCUCUGCAACUCCUCAUGAGUCACUUUGAGUCUAUUGGCUGUUUUCCUGAUUAAAGCUCUACUUGCCCAGCCUGCUAGUUUAAAUGGACUGCCAUAUCUGGUUAGGUUUGCAAUUGUGCCAUACCUUUUUUUCAUGUUUGGAUCUUGGAUUGAAGAAGUGCUCUUUAAGAUGUUUGUAGAUUAGAAUAUAGUUUUACAACCCACCCCUACACCUCACCUUUAUUGCUUUCUUGGCUGAUUUGAUCCACAGUAUUCUUCUAAAAUUACAAUAUUAAACUGAAUCAAUCAUAACAUAAUGUUCCACCAUAUCUGUCUCAGUAGUUGAUUGAGGAAUGAAGGACUGUAACACUGAAAUAUGAGUUUUCUGCAUUCUUUCUUGUCUUCUGUGAUGCUCUCCUGAUCCAUUCUGUCUGAUAUCAGGCAGCCCACCAUGCGCCACUAAAUUCACUCACUGACACAAUUUGAAAAACGUGCAUACUAUUAAUCCUCUCAGAAGCUGUUCAGGGAAUGUGUGUCUUCCCACUCACUUUUGUAUUUUUGCAAGAGUUUUCCCUUCAGAGGACAUAGUGGAAUAUCUGGUGGGCAUUUCAACGUCCCAGAUGAUGAGAGCAGCCCAGUCCAGGUGUUUUGUGGGUCCAGGACCAUUUUGGUGCCAUGAACACAAUUAUUUGUGGCGUCCCCAAAUGGGAAUGAUCAAUUCUCUAACUUUCAUUGUAUUUCUCUGUAUUUGGUGGAGGACGGUUAAGGCUAAAGAGCAGAUUUCAAGUGGGAUUGACACAAGGACACAAUUCAAGUGCAAUGAAUUAAAUGUGACAAUGGGGAGUCUAAUAGAGAGCUAGUGUCAUCACAUAAACUGUUGUCAGCAUAAGACAUGCUGCUUUUACGUGCUUGAUGAAGACACCUAAAAACAAAGGUCUGACUUUUCAAAGGAAACUGAACCUUAUAAUCACGACAGGUUUUGUUUUAUUGAGAAGAUUAACGAGGAGGAGAUGACUAAAAAACAGACAAUCCUCAAAGUCUGCAGAAGUUUUUCCUCAUCAAAUAGUUAUUUUAGAUUAGCAGACAAACUGUUAGAGUAAAUCACUCUUGAAAUAGGCAUCAUUUAGCAAGUCUUUGUUGCUUUUGUAUUCAUUUUUGGAUGGUUUUCAUUUGUUUAAAGCUGUAUGCUGUUGUUGCAAUUAAUAACUGCAUGUAAAAUGAUGCCUUGCUACGUUUUUACAACAGUAAAAUUAUGACCGUGAUUUAUUGUGGCCGGUCUCCUUCAGGGUGAGUGUACUCACAAACUGGGCAAAUAACAAGAGAAAGAAGCUGCAGGUGUAACCACAGGAGAACAGAGCUGAAUGCACACACAAGUUGACUCAGAUUAAUACUUAGCUGCUGCUGUAGACAUUUGGAUUUCUUAUAGGGAUAUAUGUACCUAUGCAACACGCGAAUUAAAACAUCUUUUUAAUUUAAAAAGACAAAUUAAAACCAUGUAGCCUUUCCUUUUCAUAUCACAACUUUGCACUAAUGUGUUCUGAUCAAUCAUAUCAGAUCCAAAUAAAAUAUAUUGAUGUUUGUAAAUCUAAACUUGAAAAUAUGGGCUAUGAAUACUUUUGAAAGGAACCCUGUUAUAUAUAUGAAAAAAUGAGGAGUGGUGUGGUCUUGAACCAAGAGGUGUUUAAAUGUCAAAGUUUGUAACGUUUUGAUCUUUAAAUAUGUCAGUACGUUGGAUUUAUACAUUUCAUUUAUACAUGUCAUUUAUUAUUUAAUCAUGUCCAUUCAUGUGUUUUGUCUUUGCAUUGUUAGCCAUUAAUGCCUUUUGUUUGCCCAAAGCUGUUGCAUGGAGUUUUUAACCAAACUAGUAUGUUAUGUAUGUUUUCUCUUAUAUAUAUAAAAAAAGAUCUGGGGUGAAGAUGUGGGUGAAAGCCCAAAAAUAGCUUUCCUAACAGUUAGAUGUAAUUCUGUCACUCUUAGUUAACUGAUUUGCAGCUGGCAUCAUCAGAAAUUCUAUACUAACAGACUGUAAAUAAAAGAUAAAAAAUGUUCUCCAUGAGGAACCCAUUUUUGUCUAACGCAAAAGGCACACAGCAUUUAACCCUUCUCUUUUUGUUCUACUUGAUCUGCUUUUUAGUUCUAUAUUUCCAUCGAGAAAUAAUCAAUCCAUCCCUGAACAAUCCCUGUGCAUUCCUAAUACGAACCUCAAUCACGUAUGAUUGCGUUAAAAGAGUUAGCGAGGGAGAGAGAGAGAGAAAGGGGAGAGAGAGAGAAAGGGAGGCAGAAAAGGGGGAGACUGUGGACCAUUCAGCCCUCGUCGGCGAUGUAACUCACCGACUGCGUUUGGAAGAGAAAAAAAACCCUCCUUUAUUAUUUGUGUGCUACAACAAAAAUCACUUUUGUUUCAACUAAUUGUUGCUCCUCAGACACAAAUCGCUCCCCGCUGGCUUCAUUUCCAGCGCUGCAGCAUCCUUGCAGAGUAAAGCCUCUGCUGCCGAUUCCUUUUUUUUUUUUUUUUUUCCCAGACUGCGUUUAGAGGUACCAUCGACGGAACAGAGAACUGGGCUCAAAUGGGCUCCUGUCUGAACCGGCGGCGGACGGUCUCAUUGUUCAAUGUGCGCGGAGGUGACGAUGUGAAACAACAACCAAAGGAAGUUAGGACAACCUUGUUUCUUCUUUUCGCACGCAGAGGCGCGCAUUACUUGGCUUUAGGUGGACACCCAUAAUUAAAGAGGCGUCAGGGACGGACCUGCUGUGCAGAGGAGGAUUUGCGCUCGUUUGACGCGGCGCCGUUCACCUGGAAUACCUGAGGCUCUCCAAUGACAACGCAGCUGCACCGACCUCCGAACACUGUUGCAUGUUUUCACGCCUCAUAUUCCGGCCCCCAGCGGCCCUGCCCGUAGGUUUAUGGUUUAUGUCCCUGGAUCGGUAAGUGCUGAUUUCACGCUUCCCCCCACCCCCCGGGUGCGACCGAAACUCAGAACAGUUACAUGCAACUGUCUCCUCAAAGACGGUGCAUGGCAUGCAAGCAAACGAUGCGCGGGACUCACAGGAUUUUCUGAUCAGGAUGACAUUUAGUUAAAAACUCACGGCGGACCGAGACCCAGAAGCGACGUUCUAUAUUCUGUCCCGUGUGCUCGUGUACCACGCAAAGGGGAGCGCAUUCAGACCCGACCUCUGCCGGCGGCGACUAUAGACUCUUUCUUUGCUGAUCGGGUUCGGGCAGAUGGCUGCUAUCGCCAGCUCCCUGAUCCGGCAGAAACGCCAGGCGAGGGAAUCCAACAGCGACCGCGUCUCCACUUCGAAACGUCGCCCCAGCCCCAGCAAAGACCCCCGCUCUCUCUGCGAGAGGCAUUUCUUGGGGGUCUUCAGCAAAGUCCGUUUCUGUAGCGGCAAGAAAAGACCCGUUCGGCGGCGACCAGAUGCACCCUUGAAACCUCCACAGGUGUCCCAUAAGGGCUGCAGGCUAGAGCCACAGCUGAAAGGCAUCGUGACGCGACUGUUCAGCCAGCAGGGCUUCUACCUGCAGAUGCAGCCGGAUGGGACCAUCGACGGCAGCAAGGACGAGAACAGCGACAACACCCUGUUUAAUCUUAUUCCCGUGGGUCUGAGAGUGGUGGCCAUCCAAGGGGUGAAGAGCGGCUUUUACAUCGCCAUGAAUGGCGAGGGCAUGCUCUACAGCUCGGAGGUGUUCACACCAGAGUGCAGGUUUAAGGAGUCAGUUUUUGAAAACUACUAUGUGAUCUACUCGUCCACUGUGUACCGGCAGCAAGAGUCGGGCAGGGCAUGGUUCCUCGGCCUCACAAAGGAGGGACAAGUCAUGAAAGGCAAUCGGGUCAAGAAAACUAAGCCCUCAUCUCACUUUGUGCCCAGGCCUAUUGAAGUUUGUAUGUACCGGGAGCCGUCGCUGCAUGAGAUAGAGGACAAGCACCGCUCCAGGAAGAGCUCAGGGACUCCCACCAUGAAUGGAGGGAAAGCUGUCAAUCAAGACUCCACAUAGCAUCAGUUACAGGGACUUCCAGCUGGGGGUAGGGGAGGGUCGGCCUCAUCCUGACUCAGGGCGAAGGGGCCAAGUUGAAAAAAUAAACCUCACCGCUCCCCCUGAGAGAUCUGGACCUCCAUACUCUUUUUAAACAAAAGAGGGCGUGGGACAGCUGCAAGGAGCUAUUACUGUACAACUAAGACAACAAAAACAAAACUGAACUCUUGCCUGUGAAAAUGUUUUAGAUAUCUAUAUAUAUAUAUAUAUUUAAAUAUAUAUAUUCUUGACCAACAUUUUAUGCAAAACUGAGAAAAAGGCUGUGAAAACAAAGGAUUUGUGGUCUCUACAUAUAUUCAAAUAUCUGUUAUUUUUAUUUUAUGUUGUGAAAAACAAGCUUUAAUACAUGUUCAUUUUUCAUUCUUUUUUCCUAAACAUUGUUGCACUUUUAUCCUUUAUUGCGUUGUUGUUGUUGUUGUGAAAGAUAUCCCAAGCCAUUAUCAUUAUAACCAUCAUUACUAUUUUAUUGAGUGGGAUCCCAGUUACUAUGAGGGUAAUAGUGGUUCAGUUCUCUUGACCUUUUUCAGUUAUUCAUGAGUAUUUUUUUUCUUACUAGAGCAUCUUGAAUGCAAGGUCAAAGGUCAAGGCUGAAAGUUACAAAUGGAGGGAUGUAAUUUACUCAGGUGUGUACUGUAAGUUAGACCAAUGUGACUCAUGGGGAAUGUACUCCCCUGUUUUCCUGCUGUAGCAGGACAGAACUACAUCAAGCAAUAUCAUAAAGGGCAAUCUAGAAUGUUUUUAAAGGAUUGUAAUAGCAAACUGACAACACAUUGCUGUGGCUGGUGUACUAGUCUGUACAAGUGACUGACAAAGAAAGUUGCAUAAGGUGGUAAAUGUAAGAAUAGGGAUUUACUAUACAGUUAUAACAUGAUAAGAAAGACGGGUAGUGUUUGUGCAAAGUCAUGUGCGAACUUUACAACAUUAAACAAAGUAGAUUUCUCCUGCAACGGACUGGCUAAUUGUCCAGGGUGUACCCCGCCUCUCGCCCAUUGACCGCUGGCAAUAGGCCCCAGCACCCCCAGCGACCAUACAAAGAUGAGCGUGUUAGAUAAUGGACAAAUGGAGAAAUGGUUAGAUUUCUCUCCAUCCAUAAGUUGAAAGGCCAGUAACAAACCUUAUCAGUUAUCAAGAGAUGCUGUUAGCUAUAACAAAUCACAAAAAAUAUAACUCCAUAUACUGCUUAAGAGCUAUUGGACAAAUCAAGACGUUUUCUCUGACUGAAGAUUUUAUCUUGUUUGCUUAGGGUGACAGAAAAGCAACAUUUUGUUUAGCAGGCUUAGUGGUGAAUUUCUUAACUUUCAAGAAUUUUAAGUUCUAGAACUCCCUUUACAUUCAUUGUGAAAUCAUUAGAGAUCUUUUAAUACAGAUGGACGGGUGCCUGACUGUUUAAUAAAUCGCCAAUUUGUCAUGCAAAUAUUUUAACAGAAUUAUGUUACUGCUUUUCAAUCACAGUGAAAACUGAAGGUUUGAUUGAGCAACCGAACACGAAAUGAGCCAUUUGUUGCAUUAUGACAAAGAGUUUAUUUUUCAUACAUCUACACACUUAGAGGGCUGUGAUCUGACUGGUACACCUCAUACUGUGUACGCUGCUACGCUCAUUCCUAGCCUCCUUUUUUAGUUUAUCUAUCUCAGGAAGUCUCACAGUUGUUUCGGUGAUGGAGCCUGACUUUUAAAAAAAAAUAAAUAAAUAAUGGCUGCUUAAGGUUCAGCUCUAAUUGCACAAAGCCGGGCGAUUUGGCAUGGAGGUGGAUGAUGCACAG